AUGAGCAGGUGUAGUUUGUUAAGUAUUUUUGUUUUGAGUUCAUUUUCAUCAUAUUCAUUGGCAGAUUACACAUGUGCUCCAUCAAUAACGAUCAAUCCGCCUGCAGAUAUUUCGAACGCAUGGUUUUAUCCAAAUACUUGGAAUGAUAGUUUCCCAGCUCCAACUUAUGCGGCAGGGCAGAAUUGUUCAUGGAUUGUAAAUAUCCCGAAAGGAAUGUAUGCAUGGGUAACCGUGAAUGCUUCAACAAAUAUACAGUCAUCUCUAACGCUAGUGGACUCAGUGAGUUAUUCGACCAGAAUCGAAAAAUCGGAACCAUUUUUCCUGCUGAAUCCAUCAUUCACAGUUAACCUUCAAGCGAUGCAAGUGGGAACAUUUGGAAUAAGAGUUCAGUGGUAUAAUGGUGAGGAUUUUUUUUAA